CUUUGCAUCCGGUUUUAACUUUCAUGUGACUGAAAUAAACAGGUAGCUGUAGAAAACAGAUUUAAUCAACCGGACAAAAAUGGCGGAUCGAGCAGGUUACGACCAACCAGAGAAUAAACACAUUAGCAACUACCCCACGUCUAGAGAAGGUACUUUGCCCUCUUACCAGGCUAUUGGAACACAACAGCAGACAGGCUUUGUCCAGCCCUCAGUACCCUAUCAGUCGACUCAUGUGGUUUCUCAUCAGCCACACCCAGUUAGGACUGUGGUUAUACAAACUCGACCACCUGACUACCUGGUAUCUUCAGUAUGGGCCUGUCUCUUUUGUUUUUUCCCUACAGGUCUGUUUGCAAUCUACUAUGCAAGUCGGGCCAACACUCUGGCAAAUGAAGGACAUUACGAGGAAGCAAGAAGGAAGUCAAUUAUCGCCAGGAACCUGUUGAUCAGCAGUUUUGUCCUCGGAUGCAUUUGCAUCAUUACUGUGACAGCUAUACUGCUUUAAAGAUAUUGACUGUAGAUCUGUUUCUAUUGCAAUGGACACACUUAUAUAAUCGCAAACUACCAGUCUUGAUGCUAAACUGUGUUUUUUCAAAUGUAUUACAAAAAUUGAAAAAGUAAGUCGUGUGAUAUUGAUAAGUGAUGAGUAAAGUUGUAACCAUUAUAAAGCAGGGGAAAUAUACAUUUGGAACUUCCCGAUUAAGACAUUAAGGUUGGAAAUGACAUACCGUGCAAUAAUGUGAGCAGAUAGUGUAGUCUAAAUUAGAUAAAGUUAUCAGCGGCUAUGCUUACAUCGUGCAUUUCUUUUUAAUUUCGGCUACCGAGAUAGCCCAUUUAUUGUCCCCGUCAUAGAUGUGCGGGGGUCGGGGAUCCAUCCCCAUCACAUCUUACAAAUAGUAACAUGAUUCCUAUUACAACUAAAAUUUAAUCAUAUUAGCUAAUGAACUGUUGUAACGAAAUUCUCGGGGAUUUUUUUUUUUUUUUUUUUUUUUUUUUGAUAAUAGGGACUAAUACCUUCUUAAUAUACAAUAUAAGUGAAUCUUUAUUUAACAACUAAACUGUACAAAAAUGCAUUUACUUAAUCUGUUUAAUUAUGCACUUCAUAAAAAGAAUAUAUUCAUAAUAUUAGUUAAUUAGACAAAUUAUUUUCGUAGAUAAAAAAUAUUAAAUAACAAUUAUAAUGGUUAAUUUUUAAAUACUGUCUUCCGUUGUCUAGCGAUUUAAUUUAGACAUCUUUGCGUAGGAUAAUUUUCCACUUAAAAUAUAAAGAGACAAAAUCUGCAUUUCGAAGAUAAAAAGGCCUUAAGUUCGAAACAAAAACGUUUACUUUCUAUGUGAUUGUAAAUAUUUUAUGUAAAACAAAAACCAAAACGUUUCGGGCGAAGAAGAGUGAAAAAUGAAAAACCUGGGUUGGUCUGGACACGUAGAUGGGGCAUCUUAUAUGUGAUACAAAAGAAACAUAUUGUCAACAGUAAAAGCUUACAAGUAUAUUCUUUCAUAUAUAUUCUAUAUCGUUUUAUAGUUUUUUGGAAGUUAUUGAAGUUAUUUAACCUUGUAUUGCACUGAAAAACGCAGUGUUGCAUUUUCCAUUACUGCUCAUGAACAGACUCAAUCAAACCGAGUCUGCAAUUUUCACUGUUCGCCUUGUUCUCGAUGCUUCCGAGGGAUCUACUUUUCAGAUUUUAUUCAAUGUAUUGCUCUUGAAAACGAUCUUUAUAUUUUCCCCAUAGAGUUUCAAAUUUGACAAUAUAUCUUUCCGUUUUGUAGUAAGAGAUCAUUUUUCUUUUAAAUACAUCGAUUGAUGGCAUCUGACCUUGUAUUUUGUUAUUAUAUCAGAAGUGUUUGGCCUGCAACAGAAUAAUGUUAAUAGGUACAUCGAACUUUCUAUUACCGAACAAAAUAUCUGAAGGAUUCCAUUCUGCUAAAUCAAUGUUACAUUUAUUUCUUAUAUAAUUUAAUAGUUGGGUCCAACAAAGCUUAGUUAU